CAAUCACAACACCUCUCCGUCACAAAACAACAAUAGACCUUUCACAUACUCUUCACAUAUACCUCACAUACAUUCACCAUGGGUCUUGUUGAAUACUCUGACUCUGAAGAUUCCGGAUCUGAAACCACUCCGGCCGUCCCGGCAUCUUCUGCAGCCCCCCCUGCAUCCAAAUCAUCCACCAAAUCAAAACCGACAUUUGAAAAGGUCGUCGACCGAUCCAACCCUCGAAAAAUCCGCGUCAAUCUUCCUCAGCUAUCUAAUACCGACAGCAAAGCUACCAAUGGCAGCAGCGAGGCUGCGAACGACGAACCGGACGGGCCACCCGCAAAGCGCGCCCGAACAGGUGGCGGCGCAUUCAGCGGCUUCAACUCUUUUCUCCCCGCGCCGAAACGAGCAGGUCCCGUUGCUGGAGCAGGAGGAAGCGGGCCGAGUGCAUCACGACGGGGGAUAGGCGCAGGCGUCAGUCUCAAAACAGGCUCAGCACCGGGCUUUAGCAGAGACGCAGAGCCUUCGUCGUCUUCCGUCGCAGAACCGCCCGCAGCCGCCGGAGAAGAGAAGGAUGCGCCGACGCCUCCGCCAGCGUCAUCAUCUAGACCGGCAUCUGAGCAGAAAGCCGCGCCCGCGCCAUCAAUCCCUGCGCAGAAAUCCGCAGACCAAGUCGAGAAAGUGGGCAAUCCAAUGAUGUUCAAGCCACUAUCCGUCGCACGAAGGCCGCAGACGAAAAAGAAGAAGACUACUCCGACAUCCACAUCAACAGGAUCUCCAUCACCCGCACCUGCACCUACACCACCAGCAACGUCUACUACCGCUGCUACUAUAACUCAGACCACACAGGCCGCUCACCCUGUGACUGCAUCUCAACCUCAGUCCGCACCAAAGCCCAAGCCCAAAGUCUCACUCUUUUCACUCGGCGGCGCUGCUGCAGAACGCGAUACCCCUCUCGGCCCUGCCCCUGGCCCGGCCCCUGCUGAAGCCAACGGCGGAGACUACACCCCUCUUCUCUACGAAUCCAAUAAUACCCAUAAUACCGAUCCUACAUCAUCCUCGUCUUUUGCUACUGCUACACAAAAUCCAUACUCCUACGAGACUUCUUCGUCUGUAUCAUACGAUCCUCAGUCCGAAACAUCUUCCACAGCGACAUACAAUCAGACGUAUCAAAGCGGACCGCCAGCCACGCAAUCACUAUCCAGUAUCGCCGACGACCUGAACCUUUCCGAGUCCGCCAAGAGGCAGCUCUUUGGCCGAUCUGGCGGCGCUGGUGGUGGUAGUGGCGGCGGGCGACGAGGCAACAACAAAUUCCCUGCCGACGCAUCCGCUAUCAGCGUGGUCAAUUUCAAUACCGAUGCAGAAUAUGCAGCCAACGAAGCAAUACGCGCAGCGGGCGAGACGGUGCAGCAUAACCCCGUGCGCUCGAUUGCGCCGGGCAAGCAUAGUCUCAAACAGCUUGUCAGUGCGGCGAGUAGUCAGCGUGAUGCGCUCGAGGAGUCUUUCGCGACGGGGAAAAGAAAUAAAGCUGAGGCAGGGAGUAAAUAUGGUUGGUAGAUUCGGUGAAGAUUUCAAGCAAAUAUGGGAAGGUUUUUGGAGCAGUGUAUUCUUGUUCAGGUCAAAGUCAAGGUCGCAGAACUUGUAUGGACUGUAUCAUAUUGUUAUUAAUUUUUUUUAAAAAGAACAGUUGCAAAUAUAAAGCAAGACAAUGGUAUAAUAUUGGGU